AAAUACUGCAGUGCGAUUAGUCGAACAGUAUCAGUUUCAGCUCAGCUACAAUCAACUAAACUUGCCUUAGUCGCAACCAACCCCCCAAAACAAUCAACAUGUACUCCAAAGUUGUGAUCUGCCUGGCCAUCUGUGCCCUGAGCUCGGUUUCCGCCGCUGUCGUUCCAGUUGCUGCCCCCUUGGCCGCCGCAGGAGUCGUUGCCCCCUAUGCCACCUCGUACAAUGCGCACACUGUGAACCACAACAUCGCCGCCCCCUACGUAGCAGCUACCCCGGUUGCCGCUCCAGUUGUUGCUAAGUACGUUGCUGCCCCAGCUGCUUAUGCCGCCCCUGCUGCCUAUGCUGCCCCAGCUGCCUACGCCGCUGCCGCUCCAGUUGCCAAGUACGUUGCUGCCCCGGCUGCCUAUGCCGCUGCCCCAGCUGCCUAUGCUGCUGCUCCAGCGUUCGCCGCCUACAGCGCCGCUUACCCCUACCCAUACCUGUUCUAAGUCGGCCACUCCUGCAUACGAAAGCGAUGGAAAUGAGUUCUAGUCAUUGAUAUGGACACGCCAAGUUUAUGUUGAAAAUAGCUGAACUGUUGAUUGAGAAUAGAUGAAUUUAUAGUAAUGCAA